CCCUACUGCUACACGUGUACACUCUUUUGCGCCUGCGCUGUUGGUGUUCUCGGAAUCGCGUCUGGCAAUGGCUUCUCCCUUGGCUGCAACGUGCUGGGCUAGGAGUUUGGUAUUGUACUGGGCCGUCUGUGUCACCAUAAUUUCGACUUGCGUUUGUGCGCACGACCACGGACAUUCGCACAGCAGCCCAUCGUCCAAAGCGGCUCAGUUUCGACAAAGAUGGGACGCCACCGAUGUGAUCCGAGACGUAGAGCACAUCAAAGAGGAUCUGGCUACUCUUGUGGACAUGAAAAGCACUGGACAAAUGACGGAUGAGGAGAUAACGUUUUAUUUUUUCCGAAUGCACGACUUCGACGACAAUACGAUGCUGGACGGCAUUGAGUUUUUGUCUGCUAUGCAACACACAAUUGACCAUGGCUUUGCGCCCGGGGUAGAACCAAAGAGUCUUGACGAUAUCAUUAGACUCGUCGAUGGAGCCUUCGCGCUUGAUACAAAUAACGAUGGCUUCAUCUCCUAUCCGGAAUUGAGAGUAACACUCAAACAAAAAUAGAAGGCCUUGAAAAAGUGCUGCAAGUGUAUCGUUGAACACAUAAAUAGUGACCCCUUGCCCAUA